GGCCCUCGGGAGGAAGCGGCGGCGGGCGAGGCCUUCACAGCCGCCGUCGCCUCGCGGCCCUCUCCCUCCGUCCCCCUCCGCAGUGCCGGUGAGUGGCUCCCGCCGGGCCCGGCUUUUUCUCGGGGCUCCGGGGCCGGGGGGGGGCGGCCUCGGGGCGGUCCCGGUACUCUCAGGGCCGCUGGGAGCCGUUGGGUUCCGCUGUGAGGCAGCGGGCCCCGCCGCGCCGUGUGGAAGUGGGGGUGGAUCGGCGGGUUUGGAGGGCGGCGCGGGGCGGAGAGUGCGGGCUGCGGGGUGAGGAGAGCGGAGCUGCGCUGCCCCCGGCCCGCGUCCAGCCGACGUCUCGCAGCCCCGAUGGCCCCAAACCCUUCAUUUGGGAUCGCACCGAUCCUCCCGGGGGGAAUCCCGGAGUUUUCCCCCCAAAUAUCCCCGCGUUCCUCAGCCGGCACCCGGCACAACCCCUCCCUCCCCGUUCCUCCCCAGAUAGGUAACCCCAAUAUAUCCCGUUUCUUCAGCAAAUGCCCACUAGAUACCCCUAAUUCUCAUCUCUGCGACCCUCCCCCCAUAAUUCCCCCUUCUGAGAUCCCCCCACUGUGAAACCCCCAUUCCUCCCCCUGAGAUCCCCCUAUCCCUUCUCCCGUUACCCCCCAAUUCUCCACCCCAUAUCCUCCCCCCAAACCCCCCACAGCAGCUCUCCCAAUUCUAAACCAACCCCCCCCCCUCCCAGCAUCUCCCCAGCUGACAGCUCAGGACUUCCACCCACCCCCAUUCCCCACCCUGCGGCCCCCAUUCCCUCCACGCAGACAUCCCCCACAGACCCCCAUUUCUUCAGCCACCGUCCAGCAGUUUUUCCCCCCGUUCCCUCCCACCAAACACCCCCCGGUUCCUCAGCCGGGUCCUGGCAGCUCACAUCCCCCAAACGAUUCCAUCCUGGCAGCUGACAUCCCAAUUCUUUAGCGUGGAUCCAUCAAAUUACCCCUUAAUUCUCCACCCUGAAGGAACCAGGUCGGUCCAUUUCUCCCGUUGCUUUGUGCCCUAUAGCAGUGGGGCUGCUCCCCUUGGCUCCCCAGAAAUUCCAUUUUGUUGCAGGCCCCCCUUUAGCACCACCACGUCCUUCUGCCCUUUCUGUUCUCCCUGAAUAUUCCACUGCCUGUUUUUUUUUUUUUUUAACCUUUAUAAGCUUAAAAACAGCCCCCAAAAGCUCCAUAUAUCCCUUUCCCAUGGGACUUUUUCCCCCCGAGAGCUCCUCAGUGCUGUCCCACUGUUAGAGUUUAUCCUCAGUGCUCCAUAAAAUGCUUUGGCAUCGGCUUAUAGGCAACACAGGGAGUGCAGUUGUGGUGGGGCUUUGCCUGAAAUAGGGCGUUAAUGGGGUGGAAGGAGCGAUGCUGGUAAAUGUGGUGGCCCUACUACGGUGUGGGGUGGCUCACCUGGAGCUGUUCCACUGAGCUCUGUGUGUUCUUCCCUCUCUGGGGGCGGAUGCAGUGACUUUGGUUGUUUGUUGUGGUUCUGGAGAUGUGGUUUUGCUGCCUCGGGUCGUACCUCAAAUGAAUGCUCUGCUUAUGGGAGGUUUCCUCACCUGAGCUGCCAGUGGGGCCGACGCGAUCCCGAAGGCUGAAGCUCCGUGCGCAGCCCUCAGACUGCUGUCAUUUCACGGAGGACUGCUGUGAGCUGUGUACCUGUGGGGCUGUGUUUGAAGUCGUGGUGACGCCGUCCUGUUGUGAGACAGCAGCUGUCAGGGAAUGGGCUGUGCUGGAGGGGCGGCCCCCAACCCCCGCCCCGUCCCUUUGCUCGCUGCAAACACAGCGCUCAGCACUGAAAUGGGGCUUUCCCGGUUUGUUUUGCACCCCGGCUGUGCUAAUUACUGUAAUUACUGUGAGGCUGAGUAACUGUUGCUGCUGUGUUAUCUGAUGAUAAGCGUGGCUUUAAGGGAGGGGACCGGCCGUUAGCUAACGAAGCGGAGCCCUCGUUAGCAUGAAUGCCAUGCCUGUGUCACGUGGAAGGCUGUGUUUGCAGGGCAGCAGACCUGCUCUGUGUGCUGCUGCUUCGUUAGCUCCUCGGUGCAUCGCUUUCCAUCUGGUUUGGGGCCGUUUGGAAGCAUUUCUGCAGGGAUAGCUGUGGGGAUGGCGGGCAUCUCUGCACUGUGGGCUUUGGGUGAAGCUUUGCUGCUGGGGAGGAGGAGUUCUCCACUCUCUGCAUGGUUUGGAGUCAUUACGGGAGGUUAUCUUGGAGCAAUUGGGAUUAUUUUUGUUAUUAGUGCCGUAAAAUUACUUUUCUGUGGCCACAACCUUCCUGCCGGGGUGGAGGAGGCCCCGCAUGGCAGUCACGGAGGAUGCUCGUCGCGCCGCUGCCAGGAUUUGCGGUGACAAAAAGGGGUUUGGUGCAGCUGUAAGGACCCGACGUUGGUUGUGUGGGCUCAGCAGCCGAAGUGCUGCUGUCAGCUCCCAUCACAAAGCACCCGAGCGAUCAGGGCCGUAAACCCCGGGCUCAUUUCCCACGUUUCAGCUCUGCGUUCCCCCCACGAGGGGAGGGGAAGGAGGCUGCUGGGUGCCAAUCCCUGCGCUCUGCUUUGCCUAUGGGGGGGUUUGUCACUUCGGGAUGCGCUGAGCUGCUAAUUACCACCCCCCCCUGACGAGCUCAGGCUCCACCAGAACAGGAUCUGUAUCCAAGGAGACCCAGAGCAGCUCUGAAAACCAAAACAGGAACUUUGGGCAGCCAUGAGAACCUCAUUGAAUCUCCUGGAAGCCGAAACCCCGCGGGUGCAUUCCCGGAAAUGGGAAGCUGUGUUUGGGAUUGGGGCUGUUUGUGUCUGCCUUCCUGCGGAGGGCUCCUGUUGGGAAUCUCCUCGAGCUCUUCCUGCUCCCAAACGCUCCUCGGUGUGCAGGAAGAAAUGAAACCUCGGGCAGGAGCAGUGCCGCUGCCGUUGGAGCUCUUUGCUUUUCCUUAUUGCUGUCCCAGUGCCGGUAAAUAAGCACGGGGAGCACAUUGGGCACAACAAACCCACGGCAGCUGCGUUCCUCGUGGCUGGUUUUCCUCAAUACUGGACCUGCCCAGCAGGACAGUUGGUGUGCUGUGAGGAAACCCUGCCUUUCCCUUAGUACGCUGCUCCCAGUUCUCGCUGCUGCUUCCUCCUGGAUGCGGAUUUCCCCCCAGCAAAUCGCUCUGAGCUGCAGUUCUCACUUUCUUUCUUCCUCCCAGAUCUGGAGGGGGUUGGCUUGGAGCGCUCUCGUGCUCUGCUCACGUGGUUCCUCCUUUGCACUGGUGGAAUGUUUGGUUCCGCUGUGGUUUGCUUUGUGUGUGAAGUCACCAAAGAGAUAAAUAAACACACAUUUGGUGGCAUCGUUGUGUGCUCACAGAGGUCUCGGAGGAGGGCGGUGGAAAACAGUUCCCCCUUUUCCUAUCCCUGUCUGCAUCUGUGACAGCAGGGCUCGUAACAGGACAAGGGGGAAUGGUUUUGAAACUCAAAGAGAGGAAGUUUAGGUUGGAUGUGAGGAGGGAAUUCUUUAUCCAGGGGGUGGUGAGGCCCGGAGCUGUGGGUGCCCCAUCCCUGCAGGGAUGGGAACCAGGCUGAGCAGGUGGGGGCAUUGCAGCUCAUGGCAGAGGUGGGGGGAUGUUGGGGUCCUUCCAGCCCAAUUGUGCUCUGAUGCCAUGGUUCUGUGAUCUUUAAGGACCCGUUCAACCCAACCCAUUCUAGGAUUCUAUAGUUCUUUGACCUUUAAAUUCCUUCCAGCCCUUUCUGUCGUUUUAUGACCUUUGAGGACCCUUCCAACCCAACCCAUUUUGUGGUUCUACAAUAUUUAGGGAUCCUACCAGCCCAAAUCAUUCUAUGGUUCUGUAAUUCUGUGGUCUUGAAAAUCCUUUCCAACCCAAACCUUUCCAUGGUUCUGUGGUCUUCAAGGUCUCUUCCAACCCAACCCAUGCUGCGAUGCCAUGGCUCUGUGAUCUUUAAUGACCCUUCUAACCCAAACCAUGCUGUGAUUCCACAGUUCUGUAAUCUUUAAGGUUCUUUUCAAUCCACCCUAUGGUGGGACCUUUUGAGGACCCUUCCAGCCCAACCCAUAACACCAUUCCAUGGUUCUCUACCCUUUAGGGUCCCUUCCAACCCGACCCAUUCCACGGUUCUGUGACCUUCAAGGACCCUUCCAGCCCAAUCUAUUCAAUCAGUCUUUGGCUCUAUGGUUUUUAAAGGUCCCUUCCAGCCCAACCCAUUCUGUGCUUCUGUGAUCUUCAAGGACCCUUCCAACCCCAACACUGUUCCACGGUUCUCUGCCAUUUAAGGUUCCUUCCAACCCAACCUAUGGUUCUGUGUUCUUUAAGGACCCUUCCAGCCCAAUCCAUUCAAUCAUUCCUCGGCUUUCUGCUCUUCAGAGGUCCCUUCCAACCCAACCCAUUCUAUCAUUCCAUGCAUUUAUGGUCUUUAAGGUCUUUUCCAACCCAUUCCAUGAACUUUGAGGACCUUUCCAACCCCUUCUAUCACUGCAGCCCUUCUGAAUGGGAGCCGUGUUGGAUAAAAACACCCGCGUGGUGAACGGCGCCCUCGAAAAAUCUGCGUAGUGUUAAACCUGUAUGCAGAUAAUUAAGUAAUUACAUGUUUAAACGAACCUGGGUACUUCUGCAAUUAAACAGUCUUUUACAGCGCCGUGUCAGCCUAAUUUAAUUGUUGUCUGCCAGCACGCCAGCCUUAAUGUUUAAUAACUGAGAUACAAAGAGGAGAGGUGUGCAGACGGGAUCGGGUCCCGCUUGCUGAUGAAAACAGCACUUAAAUGUCACUCGUGCUCUUCCCCAGGUCUGGGGUUGCUGAUGGAAUCGGGUGCUCAGUGCAGCCUCACUUUGUUGUGUGCGGCAGAGGAGACCUGAAGGGACUCACCCUGCUGCUGGCAUCCCUAAUGCACGGGGCUGAGGCUACCUGUUUGCUUAUGGGGAGGGGGAAGCUGGAAGAAAUUGAUCUGGAGGAGAAGUACAAGUGGUUUUCUGGGCUCGUUUUCCACUUGAAGAGAGUAAAGCAGCAAAAAAAUGAGCAGCAGUGGGCUGAGAUUGCCUGCCUUGUGCUCCAGUGACCCGACCCUGUGCCUGGUCCUGGUGCUGUGCAGCUCACUGACGUUCCCUGAGUUGGGAGAACCAGGAGGAGGGCUCUGCUUGGUGUCACUGAAGGUUCCCGGGGUGUUUGGGGUUUAUGGGCGGCUUUAUUGAACAGUACCCCAAAAUGGGAGCACCCGAACAGCUCCCGAGUGGCUGCAGUGGGUGAAAUAACCAACGUGCUGAGACCUCAGGAAGUGUGACUGUGUGUUAAUAUUGUCCUCUGCAUUGAAGAGGGCAACCCCAGGGGUUUGUGCUGCAGCUCCUCACCCCACAGAGCCACGCGUUCCUCCAGAGCAGCCCCCUGGGGAGUGCCCUGCAGCCCCCCGUGGGCCAAAGGUCGAUAGGAGCAGCUGUGGGAGCCCCAAACAGAUAAGUGUGGGUGGGGAGGGGUGGCUCAGAGCUGCAGUGUGGGCUCUGUUUGGGUCAGAGGUGCUUCCAUGCUUCAUCCUGUUUCUGCCUGUGCACAUCCAAUGCUGUCCUGGAAGGAAGAGCUCCCUGCAGCCCAUCUCACACUGCACCAAACGCAGAGCUGCUGAUUGCUGCUCGGAGAUGCAUGGAUUUACAAACACUGCCUGCGUUGGCAGCCGGCUGUUUGCAGAGCUGCGUCCAGAGGGGGAAAUUCCAACUAUUUGCAGAGCCCGAGGAGCAGAAGCUGAAUUUCCAGAGCACGCUGCUAUUCUCCAGCACCCGUUGUAUGGCACAGUGCUGCUCUCACGGAUCGCUUCCUUGGGGAUAUCUCCAUUUCUGUGCUGUGCAGAGGGGGAGAGCUGCACCAACAGCUGGGACAGCACGUUGUCACUGCAGGGAUCACGGCGCGGUGCUGCUGGGGCACAGGAUGACUGCCAGCUCUCGCUGCCCUGAUGUGAAGGGAACAUCCUCCUCCGAGCCCGUGGGGAGCAGCAGCUCUCCCAGUGUGACGGCCGUGCUGCACAGAACGUGGUUUUCCUGCUCAGAACAGAUUGAACCAGUGAAGCACGCGGCAUUUUUCACAUUUUUAACGUGUUUUCGUUUCGCCCUGGCUCUUUUUUAUCUGCUGUUUUGGCUCUGACCUUGGCUCGCCCUUCCCACCUCAGCUCCUGGAGCCCCGUGUUCUGACUGCAGCCGUGGGCUGGAGGAGCAGCAGCUCCAGGAGCUCAGGGUGAGCUUUCCUCAUAGAUCCCAGCUGAAGGAAACUGGCAGCCCCUCUGCAGCUCCGUGAGCUCCAGAUCUUUCUUCCUGCGGUAGCCUCAAAAAUGGAGGUGGGAGGGCUUGGCUGGUGAAGGAGCAGCACCCGACACCUCAAAGGGUCGAAGGAUUUAAGAUACACAAUCUAAAGGCAUUUGUGCCUGAAGCCACGGAAGAUAGAUGGACAAGCCAAGCAACUUCUGACCCUGCAUCAUUUUCUGGGGCAAAAUUGUAUGGCAAUGUAUCCUACAAGGGUGUCUGGUGAGGAAUGCAAUGGGAUCAAUAGCAUGUCUGCAGAGAGCGGCCCCGGGACGAGACUGAGAAAUCUGCCAGUGAUGGGCGACGGCCUGGAAGCCACACAGAUGUCGACGGCGCAGGCGCAGGCGCAACCCCAGCAAGGCAGCACCGUCGGCGUCAACCCCCCUCCUCCAGAGACCUCCAACCCCAACAAACCCAAGCGGCAGACCAACCAGCUGCAGUACCUGCUCAAAGUGGUGCUCAAAACGCUAUGGAAGCACCAGUUUGCGUGGCCUUUCCAGCAGCCCGUGGAUGCUGUCAAGCUGAAUCUCCCCGAUUAUUAUAAGAUAAUUAAAACACCGAUGGACAUGGGAACAAUAAAGAAACGCUUGGAGAAUAACUACUACUGGAAUGCUCAAGAAUGUAUCCAGGACUUUAACACGAUGUUUACAAACUGUUACAUCUACAAUAAGCCAGGAGAUGACAUAGUCUUAAUGGCAGAAGCUCUAGAAAAGCUCUUCCUGCAGAAAAUCUCUGAAAUGACGCAGGAGGAAACAGAAAUCGUUAUAGCCCAGACAAAAGGGAGAGGACGCGCACGGAAGGAAGCAGUGACAUCCAAGCCAGGAUCAUCCACGGUACAGAACACAACCCAGGCCUCGUCCCCAGCCCAGACUCAGGCCCCACAGCAGAACCUCCAGGCCGCACAGACCACCCAUUCCUUCCCUGCUGUCACCCCCGACCUCAUCGUCCCGACGCCCGUGAUGACGAUGGUGCCUCCGCAGCCCCCAGUGCCACCUCCGCCGGCCCCCCAGGCUCCCGCCCCACCGGCCCCGACCCCCCAGCCCAUCCAGCCUCACCCCCCUGUCAUCCCCACGCCCGCUCAGCCCGUCAAGACGAAAAAAGGAGUGAAGAGGAAAGCAGACACCACCACACCGACCACCAUCGACCCGAUCCACGAAUCAUCCUCGCUGCCCACCGAACCCAAAUCCACCAAGCUGGGCCCGCGGAGGGAAAGCAGCCGCCCGGUGAAGCCCCCAAAGAAGGACGUUCCGGAUUCCCAACAGCACAUGGUAGAAAAGAGCAGCAAAGUGUCUGAGCAGCUCAAGUACUGCAGUGGCAUCAUCAAGGAGAUGUUUGCCAAGAAGCACGCGGCCUACGCCUGGCCCUUCUACAAACCUGUGGAUGUAGAAGCACUGGGGCUGCACGAUUACUGCGAUAUCAUUAAACAUCCCAUGGAUCUGAGCACAAUCAAAUCCAAACUGGAGAACCGGGAGUACAGAGAUGCUCAGGAAUUCGCUGCUGAUGUGCGACUGAUGUUUUCCAACUGCUACAAAUACAACCCUGCUGACCACGAGGUGGUGGCCAUGGCACGGAAGCUGCAGGACGUGUUUGAGAUGCGCUUCGCUAAGAUGCCGGACGAACCGGAGGAACCGGUGAUCCCGGCCUCUUCUCCGGUGGUGGUACCACCUCCAACCAAAGUGGUUCCCCCCUCGUCCAGUGACAGCAGCAGCGACAGCUCCUCCGACAGCGACAGCUCCUCCGACGACUCCGAGGAGGAGAGAGCUCAGCGGUUAGCAGAGCUCCAGGAGCAGCUUAAAGCAGUGCAUGAACAGCUUGCAGCCCUGUCCCAGCCCCAGCAGAACAAACCAAAGAAAAAAGAGAAGGACAAGAAGGAGAAGAAGAAGGAGAAGCACAAAAAGAAGGAAGAGCUGGAAGACAGCAAGAAGAGCAAAGCCAAGGAACCGCUAUCCAAGAAGGCCAAGAAAAGUAACAGCAACAGCAGUACCUCCAGUAGUAAGAAGGAGCCUGUGACGGUGAAGAACAGCAAGCCCCCUCCAGCCUACGAGUCUGAGGAGGAGGAGAAGUGUAAGCCAAUGUCCUAUGAGGAGAAGAGGCAGCUGAGCCUGGACAUUAACAAACUCCCUGGUGAAAAGCUGGGCCGAGUUGUCCACAUCAUCCAGUCGAGAGAACCCUCACUUAAAAACUCCAAUCCCGAUGAGAUUGAAAUUGACUUUGAGACAUUAAAACCCUCCACGUUACGGGAGCUGGAGAGAUAUGUAACGUCGUGUUUGAGGAAGAAGAGGAAACCUCAAGCAGAAAAGGUGGACGUAAUUGCUGGUUCCUCUAAAAUGAAGGGGUUCUCCUCCUCAGAGUCUGAGAGCACCAGCGAGUCCAGCUCCUCCGACAGUGAAGAUUCAGAAACAGAAAUGGCACCAAAACUGAAGAAGAAAGGGCACUCUGGACGAGAGCAAAAAAAGCAUCACCAUCACCACCACCAAGCGGUGCAGCAGCAGCAACAGCCGCCUCCACCUCCGCAGCCCCCUCAGCAGCCCCCGCCGCCGCCGCCGCAGCAACUGCAGCCGCAGCAACUGCAGCCACAGCCACCACCCCCACCGCCCGUCCCCCCCCAAGCGCCGCCGCCAAUGAAGUCCUCCCCGCCUCCCUUCGUACCUGCACAGGUCCCCGUCAUGGAGCACCCUCUCUCGGGGAACAUGUUCGACACUAUGCCGCAUUUCACUCAGCCCAUCAUGCAUCUCCCUCAGCCCGAGAUGCCACCUCAUCUUCCCCAGCCGCCUGAGCACAGCACUCCUCCCCACCUGAACCAACAUGCGGUGGUCUCGCCUCCAGCUUUGCACAACGCUCUGCCUCAGCAGCCCUCGAGACCCAGCAACCGCGCCGCCGCUCUGCCCCCGAAGCCUCCGCGCCCGCCGGCCGUCUCGCCAGCCAUCAGCCAGCAGCCCAUGCUCCCUCAGCCGCCUCUGCCCCAGCCUCCCCAAGUCCUGCUGGAGGACGAGGAGCCUCCCCCGCCUCACCACAGCCUGCCUCUGAGCACCAGCCAGAUGCAGCUCUACCUUCAACAGCUGCAGAAAGUGCAGCCGCAGACUCCUCUUCUCCCUUCAGUGAAGGUCCAGUCGCAGCCCCAGCCUCCCCUGCAGCCUCCGGCGCACCCCGCGGUGCAGCAGCUGCAGCACCAACCCCAGCAGAGGCCCAUGCACAUGCAACCCAUGCCCUUCCCUUCCCACAUCCCCCAACCGCAGCCACCUCCGCAGCAGCAUCCGCCCCCGCAGCCGCCGCCGCCGCAGCCUCCGCAGCCGGCGAAACCUCAGCAAGUCAUCCAGCAUCACCCCUCGCCACGGCACCAUAAGCCCGAUCCCUACUCGACUGGUCACUUGCGGGAAGCCCCUUCCCCUCUCAUGAUGCAUUCCCCACAGAUGCCGCCGUUCCAGGGCUUGGUCCACCAGUCGCCACCUCAACAAAACAUCCAGCCAAAAAAGCAGGAGAUGCGAUCCGCCUCCGUCGUGCAAUCGCAGCCCAUGGUGGUGAAGGAGGAGAAGAUGCAUUCUCCCGUCAUCCGGAACGAAACCUUCAGUCCCCCGUUGCGGCAGGACCCCCCGAAACACCCCGAGAGCAUCAAACCCCCCGCGCACAUCCCGCAGAGAACAGAGAUGAAGCCCAUGGAGGGUGGGCGGCCCGUCAUCAGACCCCCCGAGCAGAACGCGCCGCCGCCGGGCGUGCAGGACAAGGAGAGGCAGAAGCAGGAACCCAAAACGCCUGUCGCCCCUAAAAAGGACCUAAAAAUCAAGAACAUGGGCUCGUGGGCCAGCCUGGUCCAGAAGCACCCCACCACCCCAUCCUCCACCGCCAAGUCCUCCAGCGACAGCUUCGAGCAGUUCAAGCGGGCGGCGCGGGAGAAGGAGGAGCGGGAGAAGGCGCUGAAGGCUCAGGCGGAGCAGGUGGAGAGGGAGAAGGAGCGGCUGAGACGGGAGCAGGAAAGGAUGAGGAGCCGCGAUGAUGAGGAUGCCAUAGAGCAGGCGCGCCGGGUGCACGAGGAGGUGCGGCGACGCCAGGAGCAGCAGCAGCAGCAGCAGCAGCAGCAACAACAGCAGCAACAACAGCAGCAGCAGCAGCAGCAGCAACAGCAGCAGCAGCAGCAGCAGGUGCCACCCGCAGCCACCUCCGCCCCGCAGGCGCAGAGCUCACAGCCGCAGUCCUCGCAGUCCAUGCUGGAUCAGCAGCGGGAGAUGGCCCGGAAGCGGGAGCAGGAGCGGAGGCGCAGGGAGGCGAUGGCAGCUACGAUCGACAUGAAUUUCCAGAGCGACCUGUUGGCAAUAUUUGAAGAGAACCUCUUCUGAGAAAGCCGCCUCAUUUUCCUCCUCCUGACUCUGUGGGACCCCCCCCGGCCCCCCCCAACCCCCAACCCCCCCCCCAAACAAAACAAAAACACCCAAAAAAUCCCCAUAAAAAUGAAAGAAAAUGGAUCCGACACCGACGACCCCCCCGGAAACUGCGCCCAACACCGUGGUGGGGAUGGGGGGGGAGGAUUUGGGGGGGGCAGGGAUGGGAUGGGGGGGGCGCAGCCCCCAAAUAUCUGCCCGCCUCGAGGACCCCCCACCCCCCCCUCCUUCACAUUUCUUCUUUUUUUUUUUUUUUUUUCUAAAAAACACAUAAAAACAAAAAGAAAAAAGGAAAAAAAAAAAAAAACCCACGAUCCUUGGGGUGUGUGUGUGGUUGGGGGGAGGGCAUGGGGGGGGGGGGGGGGGCGGUUAUGGGGUGAUGGGGGUCCCCCCCUCCCCCCCUCCCCCAUUGCCAUAAAGGAAAGGGAACUGGCGCUGCGGGGACCAACCAAAGCCCGACCCGCGCCCCCCCAUCAUUGCCCCCUUUUCUUUCUUAACGCCCCCCCAACCUCCACAGAUCGGGCACCUCUCGGACCCCCAGAACCCCCCCCAGAACCCCCCCAGAACCCCCCAUACCCCCCCAUUGUACCACCCGAGGUCGGAGGGUUCGGUGCGAAGCCACUGCUUCUAUUUUGCUCACUUUUAGUCUAUAUUUUUAACUGUUAAACCCAAAAAAGCCGCCCUUGGUUUUAUGGUUUUUUUUUUGGUGGGGGGGUUUGAGAGGGGGGGGGGGGGGAUUUUUUUUUGUUGCCCUUCGUUGUUUUUGAGGCUUUUGGGGGGGGGUAUUUUCUCAGCUGUGUUUUUUUUCCUUCCUAACGUUUGUCCGUGUUGAAAAAGGAACAAAAAAAGGUUCGGAGGCGAGAGGUGAAAAGAAAAAGGGAUUUUGGAAGAGGAGCUGAGAAGGGACGCGGAGGGGGAGCGGCAAAAAAGAGCGUUUGGAACGGUAAAAAAGAACAAAAAGUGGGAAAAAAACGCCCCCAAAAAACCGACAACAACAAAAGGCGCCGUUUUGCUGUCGGACGGAAAUGGGUGAAAAAAUGUAAAGAAAAA